AUGGAAGUGUGCAGUGUGGUAAGCAGGGUCACUCCAAAUCAUGGAAGUCUAUGUGGAGAGACGAGACUCCUUAUCACAGGUACAGGCUUCUCCAAAGAUAACAUUAACGAGGGUAACAAAGUACGCCUGGUGUCAUCCUCAAUGUCUUAUGAUUGCCCUGUCCUCAAGGAUGGAACAACAGAAGAGGACAUUACCUGCUAUACUGUACCUGGAAUGAAGCAAGAUAAUUAUUAUGUUAGACUGAAUGUGGAUGGGAAAGACGUUCCAGUUAACAGUCAUUGUCGAUAUCCCACAGACUGGCGAUGUCGAGUCACUAUAAGGUCACAUAAUACUCCUACAAUAACCUCUGUUGAACCCAGCUCUGGCCCUCCUGAAAGUAUUAUCAAAAUCAGUGGUAGAAUCAUCACCGACAGAUUUGACACGAAUGUGGAGAAAGCCAUGAAUGGGAGAACAGAAAAAAUAGCCCGAGUUUAUGCUGGGCCUCAGCUUUGUAGUCUUAAGGCAGAAAAUGAUGCUUUUUAUGGAAAAGCAAUGAACAGUGAGAAUACCUGGGACUGGAAUGGAUACAUGAAGUGUAAAAUGAAUGGAAAAUUUGUUGGAAACCAGAAUGUGAGCUACAUUAUAAGUGGAUCAUUUGGGAGAUCUUGCAGACCCAACACCUUGUUUCUCAGCCGAACAAAACAGCUAUACUUAUUCCAGACUUAUGCAGAGGUAACCUCAGUAUCGCCGAGUGUUGGCAGUAUUCAUGGUGACACCAUGGUAACAAUUACAGGAAAGAACUUUGACCAAACUCGAUCUCCAGCCAAAGUGAAAAUAUCAGGUCAAAAUUGUGAAGUGAAGUCGGUAACAGCGACACAGAUAACAUGUAAGACUCCCCCCAAACCAGGCACCUCCUACACCAAAUUCCCAGGAAACCGUGGGUUGUGGUUGGAAGUUUGGAAUAGAACCAGCAGACAUUUAGAUCGACUUGAUGAAGUUUUAACAUUCAAUGAGAGUUAUAAUGACUACAGUAGAUCCCACAUAGACAACACAGACUUUGAUUAUAAUUUACAUGACAACUAUGUCAACAGACUUAGUGGAUUUUUUAUUCCUCCCUGGAGUGGACAUUACUCUUUUGCUAUCAGAGCUGAUGACGUAGGACAACUGUACUUCAGCAACACUAGUAAUCCAGAAGAUAUGGAAAAAAUUGCUGAGUGCAAAAGAUAUACUACCAAAUUUACAAGAUGGCCAGAGCAAUUGUCUAAAAAGUUUACACUGAAAGCAGGGGAAGCCUAUUACAUGGUGAUACUGCACAGAGACUACUCAGGGCCUGAGAGAAUAAGAGUUGCUGCCCGGUUCUAUCAAACAGAUUUGACCAAUCAAAGCACAGCUUAUGCUGAGCAAGAACAUCAAAAGAUAGAAGUGAGGUCAACUGUUGUUAGAGAAGUACAGAAUAUUUCACUGGUCACUGAAAGUGCCGGAGCAGGAGUGAAUGAGGUCCAGAAGGUACAGAUCUGUGAUACUGCACAGAGUGGAGCACAGCUGAUGUUUAGGAUGGGGUUUUAUAAUGUAUACACAGAUAUCCUGACCUCUCAAAGCUCAAUCAGUGAAAUAAAAAAUGCUUUGAAAUCUCUGCCAAUUUUUGAUUCACACGAGUCAGUAAAUGUCAUUAAUAAGACAGAGAGUUCCGGCUGCUUGAUAAUGUUUGUGGAGUUCAUUUCAAAAAGAGGUAAUUUUGAGGAUUUGAAGGUUGUUAUGAAGAGCACAGGAAUUGCUGUGAAUAUUUCUGUAGAGGAAGUCCAGGCAGGGAAGCCCACUGGAGAGUAUAUUGCCUUUAGUAUGGCAGGGGUUAUCUCACCUUUGUUUUCUGGAAAGCCAACCAAAUCACAGAUGGACAAUGGCUUAGGCCAAAUAUUUGCAAGCCGGUGUCCCAAUGCCCUGGGUAAUCCAACGAGUAAAGCGAUACACCAUGGCUUUGAGUCAGAUGUUCUGCCAAGUGGGAUGUCAGUAGGCACUAUUGUAUCAGACGUGGAAGCAUUUUGUGGAAAGAAAUGUGUCAAAAAUCCCAAUUUCCUGUACUAUGACAAGAAUAAUCCCAUCUCUUUAGGACAAAGUGUUAAAGUGGUUUGCUUUGCAUACUUUGGCAAGCUGCAGAAUUUUUUCAAGCUAGGAUAUACCUACAAAAACAGUAAAGGAGUCACAGUAAAUGAUCAGUAUGCCUAUCCUUCCACUACAUUUCGACAGUCGCCAGAGUGGAACUACAAGUGCAUUGACAUGCUGGCUGUUGUACAAGAUGGCAAAGUAGGAACAAGCUUUAAAAUCUUCCUGAUUGAGAUCAGAAAAGAUGACUCUGAGGACUUCUAUUAUGUGGAUGAAAUUUAUGUUGGAAGGAACCCAACCAACUUAGAUGAAGAAAACAUUAACUUAAUGAGGUUAAGACCAGCUAUGCCAGGUGGUGGAAUGAUCAGUCAUGUGAAUGUGAUCAGGUCUGACAAAAAUGACACUGCAGAGUACCAAGUGGAGUUUAUACCUUAUGCCUGUGCUUAUAACUUCUCUUUAUUAGCUGCAGUACCUGGACAGAUUUCCAGUGGAACAAUCCUGAGCAUCUCUCGGGUGUCGGCAGCUUCACCCCCAGUAUCCGGCAACUUCUCUGUGACUUUCCAGAAUAAAACCCUUGAUGGUAUUCCAUUCACUAUUGAUGGGACAAGGCUUGCAGCUUUCUUACAAUCAGGCAUACCAGAGAUGGGAAAUCUUUACACGUACAAACAUGGUGGCUGUGCAGCAUUUGACUUAAAUAUUGGGUUCCACUCUAGAGGAGGAGACCAGGAAACCAUACAGGUCACCAGUUAUGCAGAAGGUGAAAAUGUGACUGCAAUCGUCAACACAGUUACAGAUGGAAAUGUAUGGAUGAACCCCAUACCUGGAGACAUGCUUGCAACAUUGGAAAAGAAACCUUCUGUCAUGGCAUACAUUAAUGAUAUCCCAACAAAAUGUUCAGGAAACUGCUCAUGGGAGUGGUCAGAAUUGGUCACACCCAUCAUUGUCUCAGUGACCCCAAACACAGGCUUCCCGACAUCCACACUAAUUACAAUAAAUGGCACAGGAUUCCACGGCAACCACAGUCUUAACUCUGUCAUGAUCGGGGGAGUACCAUGUGUGACUGUAACAUCUAACAGUACAGAAAUCGUAUGUAGGGUGGGGGAUGGACCCACAGGAACAUAUCCUGUGAUGGUCAAUGUAGCAGGGCUGGGCAAGGCUGAAAAUACAAAUAACAGUGUCACAUUCAGUUAUCAAUUCAGCAUCCAAUCAAUGGUACCAACUUCUGUCUCACUGGGGGGUGGUUUGAAUCUGACCUUGGGAGGAUAUGGCUUUUCUUCUAAGGAUGAGGUGUAUGUGGGAGAUGUGAUGUGUCCUAAACUGUCCAGUACUUCUACCCAGACUGUGUGUCUUAUACCUCCUUCUUCAGAGGGUAAAAAUGCCAGCAUUGUUGUCAAGCAGGGCUAUACGGGUAUCAAUGUUACCCAUUCUAAGUCUCUGAUGUACUCCAGUACAGAUAUGAUCAUUGUCAACUCCGUGGAACCCAACUCUACAUUUGUUGCAGGAUGGACCGAGAUAACAAUACAAGGAGAAGGCCUCAAUCAAACCGAGUCAGUAACGAUAGGAGACAAGCCAGUGAGCCCUACAAAUUCCUCCGACACAGAAAUUAAACUUAUAGUACCCUCCAUGCCUGCAGGAGCAUACCCCAUCAAACUCUUGGGAGCCACAGGAUUUGCUGUAGACAGCAGUACAAACUCACUGCCUUCAAUGGAGUGGAGAUUGAUUGUGUCCAGUGUUGCUCCUCUCAUGGGGUCACUUAGAGGGGGGACCACACUCACCAUCAUGGGUGACGGCUUCUCUACCAACAAGUCCAGGAACUCUGUGAUGGUAGGGACCCACAUCUGUGACAUACAGAGUUCCACCAUUACAGAAUUGAAGUGUCAGAUUGCAGAUACAGCUAAGGUUCAUUCUGUGGACAACUCUGGAGUUCAUCCUUCAUUUAAACUGAGUGGAUAUGCCUGGAAUCCACAAUAUCUGACGGUAAAUGUGGGAGACACUGUGGAGUGGACCUGGAGUUUUGCAUCCUAUAUCUCAGGGAUGCGACCGAGAGUCGUGCAGGUCAAGGACGAAAGUUCAGUGGAGGAGGUGGAAGGUGGAUUUAACAGUGGAGAACCAAAGGAGGCCGGGGUUUUCCGACAUCAGUUCACAGUCCCUGGAAAGUACUGCUAUUGGAGUGACUAUAUUGACCAGUACAAGACUACUUGGUUCAGGGGCUGUAUCACAGUGGAGGAUCUAAGUUCUAAUGUGGCAGAAGUCAUUGUCAAGGUUAAUGGAUAUGAAGCUUUAUAUCAGAAAGUUGCACCUUCAGCUCCAUUGCCUGCUGGUGCCCCAGGUGGUGUAUGUACAGGGGACUCCACUCCCUUGUCUAACUGCUCUGUACCUCAACCAACAGGGGGAGAUCCAACAAAGUUUAACUUUAAAUUCUGGACAUGCACCACUCCAGUUGUUACAGCGUUGUCUGAAAAUAAUGGCACAGUAAAUACGAACAUUACCUUACAAGGUACAGGGUUUUCCAAUAAUGACUGCCAGAAUGAGAUCAGUUUUGGAGAUGGAAGAUGUGUUGGUGACAAAGACAGUGGUACUGAUGUGAUUUGUAAUAUUGAUGAUGCUAAUUCUCCUUCUAUUGGAGUUCUUCAACCAGUCACAGUAAGGCAUAAUAACCUUGGAUAUGCUUUAGUGGCCAUUACAGGUGUGAAGUCUAGAUCAUUUGCCCUGAUUCCUGUUGUGACAAAGGUUAUGCCCUCUGUGGGUUCACUUGUAGGUGGGUUGCUUGUUCAGAUCCAAGGAUUUGGGUUUUCCACAAUGAAGGAUUAUGUAUCAGUUACCAUUGGAGGGUAUACUUGUGAUAUAACAAAUAUGACUUACACUGAGAUUAGCUGUAGAACAAGGGCAGGUCAAGGUGAAAAAAAUCUGGAGGUCAGGGUCAGGUCAUCUCAAGGUCAAUGGUUCCCAGCUGUAUGUGAAGAUGAAUGUAAAUUCACAUAUGAUGCUGCAUUUACCCCUAGUCUGACCUCUAUAUCUCCAAAUGUGGUGAAUGGAACCAAAGAAACAACAGUCACUAUUGAAGGUUCAGGUUUUGGAAAUGAGACAUCUGAUAUUUUUGUGAAGAUAGGAGGAGAAAACUGUCAGGUGGUAUCUGUGUCUAAUUCAUCAGUAGAGUGUAUGCUUGGUAAUCUCCCAGCAGGGCCUAAUAAUCUGGUGGUAGUAGAGGUGGUUGGACAGGGUCUGGCCAGUGGAAACUUGAUGAUGACGGGGGCAGGGAUAAUUACGGACAUUUCCCCCACAGAGGGAAGCAUACAUGGUGGCACUAUUGUCCUUAUCUCUGGAAAUGGAUUUGUAGAUAAGCUUACAUCAGUUACAGUGAAAGGCAAGCCAUGUCCUAUUGUGAACCUAACUUUAUCCACUAUCAGUUGUAUUACACCUUCAACUGACAACGAAGAAAUUGUCGAAGUCAGAGUAAUAUCCAAUCAAAUUUCAUACCCAGCUGUUAACUUUAACUACAGUUACCAGGCAUCUCCAAACAUUUCAUAUAUCAGCCCCACCAAUGGGUCUGCAGGCACUGAAGUUACCAUAGCUGGGGUUAAUUUUGAUAGGCAGAAGGAGAAAAUUACUGUCAAUAUUGGCAGUGCUGAAUGUUCUGUCAUUUCUUCAUCUGAGACAGAGAUUAAGUGUACAGCAGGCCCCAGUCUGGUAGGCUCAUUCCCUGUGUUGGUUAAUGUACAGGGGAAAGGACAGUCCAACCAAAAUUCAGAGUUUGAAUAUGAACUCCUUGUGACAUCCAUUUCUCCUAACACAGGAGGAAUUGCUGGUGAUCAGUUGGUUACUGUAUCUGGAUCUGGAUUUGAUAAUAACACAUCUGUCUGGAUUUGUGAUAGAAGAUGUGAGAGUGUCAACCAGUCAGCCUCACAGUACAAAUGUAGAACUCCAGUGCCUGCAGAUGGUAAUCUUACCUGCACUGUGAAUGUGACUAAUAAUGGUGUAACCAGGACACUGCGUGAUGCAUACACUUAUGAUGCUGCCUUGACCGCUAAUGUUACUAUGGUAACCCCAGCCAGAGGGGGCACAGCAGGGGGAACCACACUUACGAUUGAGGGGACAGGAUUUGGAUCUGUGAAGGCUGAUGUAUCAGUUUCCAUUGCUGGGACAGUCUGUGAUGUCAAAACUGUGACCCCCACACAGAUUACCUGUGUCACAAAUCAGCACCCAAGGUCCCAGAAAGCUCUAAUCAGGGUAGAGGUGGCUGGCAAUGGAAAGGCUGUACAGACAUCAGCUGAAUUUUUCUACAUUGAUGUGUGGUCUUCCCCUUUUACCUGGGGAGGAGGUCCCCUACCAAAGGAGGAUGAUUUUGUUGUAAUCACCGCUGGACAAACAAUCCUCCUAGAUGUCAGUACACCCAAGCUAAGAGUGUUACUAAUUCAAGGUGGUACACUUGUAUUUGAUGACAAAGAUUUAGAAUUAAAAGCUGUGAACAUUCUUAUUGUGCAGAAUGGUCUUUUACAAGUUGGAACAAAAGAAAAGCCUUUCCAGCACAAGGCUGAAAUAACACUGUAUGGAAAUCAUCGUACCAAGGAAUACCCUAUUUAUGGCACCAAGUCACUGGCAGUUAGAGAAGGAAAUCUGGAGCUCCAUGGAAAACCAGUUCCAGUACCAUGGACUACAUUGGAAACAACUGCUCUGGCAGGAAAUUCUACUAUUGUUCUGAGAGAGGCUGUAACCUGGAAAGCUGGGGACAAAAUUGUUAUAGCAACAACAAGCCACAGACAUUCUCAAAAGGAGACGGAGCUCCGAAUCAUUCAGUCUGUAGACAGUGACAACAGGACUAUAACCUUGACGGAACCAUUGAAGUACGACCAUCUAGGGGUCACCGAAACUUUUGAUGGGACAGAUGUGGAUUUCAGAGCAGAAGUUGGAAUGCUUUCUAGGAAUAUCAUUGUGAGAGGAGACAGUAAUUCAGAGUUUGUGGAGAAAAUUGAAGCUUGUCCUGAUGGAUUUGAUACUGGGGAGUUUGCAACUCAAACUUGUUUCCAGGGUCGAUUUGGAGAGGAGAUGGGAAGUGACCAAUUUGGAGCCCAAAUCAUGAUCCACUCCCCAAAACAAUCUGGAAGUAUGUCACAUGCUCGUCUGGAAUAUGUGGAGGUGACCCAUGCUGGUCAAGCCUUCAGACUUGGGAGAUAUCCAAUUCACUUCCAUCUGAAUGGAGAUACCAAUGGGUCCUAUGUUAGAGGCUGUGGAAUCUAUAACACAUUCAACAGAGCUGUUAAUAUUCAUGGAUCCCACAAUGUCCUUGUGGAACACAAUGUUGCUUACAAUGUCAUGGGUGGAGCUUUUUUCUUUGAGGAUGGAAUAGAAACUGGUAGCACUGUGCAAUACAAUUUAUUAAUGUUUGUAAGAGAGUCAAGCAGUCUUCAAAAUGAUGAUGUUACACCAGCAGCAUAUUGGGUAACUAAUCCAGAUAACACGAUUCAGCAUAAUCGAGCAGUAGGUGGCACACAUUUUGGAUUUUGGUACAGAAUGCAUACACAUCCAGAUGGUCCUUCAUUUGACAGUAGUAUUUGUCCACAACAUAUUCCUGUAAGGGCAUUCAGGAACAACACAGCUCACUCCAAUGGGUGGUUUGGUCUGUGGAUUUUUACAACUAUUAAGACUCGAGAAGGAGGUGGAUGUAGUUCAACCAAACCUGCCAUGUCCUUGUUUGAAUCCCUCACUGCUUGGAAUAAUGAGAAAGGUGCAGAAAUUGUUAAUGGUGGGGCACUUGAGUGUAGGGAUUUUGUGCUGGUAAAUAAUAAGUUGGCUGGAUAUGAGGGAAAACUAAUCAUCGAGGGAGACCAACUUUUCAAGAAUCUGCUGAUUGUUGGGCAUGCUUCAAGUCUCACCCGAGAAGAACAGGGCUGUACAAGAGCUGCAUUUGUUCUUCCAUACGGCAAUGGAAUGACCAUUGAUGGAAUCCGAUUUGUUAAUUUUGAUGAGAGCAAUUGUGUUGGUUUUGAUUUUGCUAGGAUUGCUGGCACUUGUGCUGUGCAUUGUGGAGGAUUUUAUUAUGAGACGAGAAAUCUUAAGUGGGUGUCUGCUCCAAAUAAAGGCACAUUUCCGUGGCCCUGGGCUGGGAUUAUCCGAGAUCUUGACGGAACAUUGAUAGGAGAGACGGGCAAUGCUGCCUCCAUUGCUGCUAAUGCUGGCAAAAGUGUAAGUUCUGCAUCAGAUACCUUACCACCGACCUGUGUAUCAUUUGCUAAAUUCAGCAGCAACCUAAGUGGCAGUAUUCCAGCAAAAGCUUGUCCCCCAGAAGUCAAAUACCAUCGCUUCUCUUUUAAUGGUAUCAGUCCUGAGGCACUGAAUUACAAAGACUUUGUGAUUGUUAAUCGUCAUGGAAAUGACUCGAUGCCAUGGAGGAAGAAGGCUAUCACCCACAAGUUGGGUUGGAUGACUGUACUUUUAGAUGGAGAAGAAUAUUUUUAUUAUUUCAAGGAUGCUGAUCAAUUGACCAACAUAAGUUACACUGGUACAUUUGAUCGAUUUCAGAAGAACAGUACAGGAGGUUACGAGUACGUAAUCAUGCGACAGAAGGUUUCAGCCAGGCCUGACAGGUUUAUGUUAGACGGGAGCACAAACAUCGAGCCAACAAGAAAUAUUGAUGGCAAUACUGUCCAUGGUCAGUGGGAAUACCUUAAAAAUGAUAACGAGAUCCGAUACAUCUUAUCAUCCAGAAAGGCAACAUCGAGACGUAAGCGCAGUGUGGAUGAUGACAUCACCUAUAGUGUAAGUUUCCGGGCCUUUAAGUGUUUCUAUCUGGACUGUAAGGCUCCAGUGGACCCUAAUACUGUACCACCAGUCACAAGCAGACCUUACGACUUUGAAUAUUGGUCAGACAAGGAGACCUGGAAAAAUGCGGAGAUGGGCUGGGGUGGUUAUAUCAGUAAUGGCACGUAUGAUCUCCCUAAAGACGGAGAUAAUGUGAAGAUUAAUAAAGAUCAAUGGGUGGUGGCAGACACAGACCUUCCUGCAAUGGGCAAAUUGGUUCUCUUUGGUACUCUAGAACUAGAUGAUGCUAAUGGAACUAGGAACUUUGUCUUAAACUGUACCUACAUCGUUAUCCUAGGGGGUCGUUUAAUUAUUGGAUGGCCAGACAAACCUUUUCUAGGUCGGGCUUUGAUCCUCUUGAAUGGAGAGCAUUCUACACCACCUUAUCCAAUGAAUUCGGGACCACAGGUUGGAUCUAAAGCUAUAGGAACAUUUGGUGGACUUGACUUACAUGGGAGGGAUGUUGGAACUUCCUGGACAAUGUUGGGGGUUACAGCCAAUCCGGGAGACAACCAGAUAAGCCUGGUAUCAUCAGUCACAUGGAAAGUAGGCAGUGAAAUAGUGAUUGCUCCUACAGAUUUCUCGGUUUGGGAGACAGAAACAUUUGCAGUCACUGCUGUUUCCAGUAAUGGCCGGACCUUGACCCUCAACAGCACACUGAAGUACAAGCAUAUAGCCCAUACAGAAACAGCUGGUAACAAGUCAAUGACCAUGGCAGCCGAGGUGGGCCUCCUCACUAGAAAUAUACGAGUGGAGGGAGCCACCUAUGACAAGUUAUACAAGGAGUCAUUUGGGGCCAGAAUUGUUGUGGGACGAACACAGGACCCUAAUAACACUAAUCUUUUAUAUAUAGGUUUUGCACGUAUUUCCAAUGUGGAAUUUUACCACUCUGGGCAGGAGGGAUGGGUGGAGCCCUUUGAUCCACGAGGCUCCAUUGCUUAUGUAGAUGCCGGGACAGUUUCCAGUAUUAAACCUUCCUACGUCAAGAAAUGUGCCUUCCACAAAGGAUUUUCACCAGCUAUCAUGGCUUAUGGUACUAAUAACCUACCAAUAGAGGACAAUGUUAUAGCUGACACUGUCUGGUUUGCUGUGGAAUCUAUGAGUGAUAGUACCAUCAUCAGAAACAAUUUUGUGACCAAAGUACAGUGGGAGGGAUCUUACCAAGAUCGCAAGGAAACGUCGAACUUCCGAUUCAAUGGGGCCUUCAACCUUCAUAAAGCCACUAAUCUGAUCUUACAAGAUAACCAUGUUGGUGGGGCAGAGAGGCUAGGAUUUCGAACCACGGGAGAACCCUGUGAUGUGUCGGCCAUCAACCCCUGGAGAGGAAAUGUUGUGCACACUGCUUUGGUUGGAGUUGGGUUGUUGCCCAUUGAUCCUCUACCAGAUUAUUUAAAACAGUGUGUAAAGUACUCAUUUUUCACAUUGUGGAAGAACCUGGACUACGGCAUUUUCUACAUUGGCCCUGCCAGUUCCUCCGUGGAAAAUUUAAAGGCUGCUGACAAUGGAGUCAGUGUUUUCCAGUUUGUUAUGGGUCCAGCCUCCCUUGGGCAUAACUAUGCCAAUAAGUAUGCCAAAGUCAAAGACUCUCUGAUUAUUGGUACAUCUGAUGAGCUGAAUUGUGCUACUGCUCUAGGAGAUAAGACAGAUGAUAAUAUUGCCAUAGGCCAAGAGAAAAUGCAGUUUCAUAGUUCCCCUAUUCGGGUUGGGGUUACCAUGCCAACAUUUUCCUCUGGGAGUAAUGCUUGUCCCAACAUGCCUUGCUCUGGUAUUAUGUCUUACCAGGCCAUCAAGGGAAUAUGCCACUUGCAAGAUGUGACAUUUUCAAAGUUUUCUAAUAAAUGCAACAGUGAAGGUGACCGCGCAGUUGCCCCAAAUAAAAAGAAUGAUGAUGGAAACCACCCAUUUAUAACAGAGAGGAUUCAGUUUUAUAAUGUGGAGGAGGAUAAUAAGAUUAUCUUUUGGAGAUCAGAUAUUGGUAAGAUAAAUUCCGCUGAUUGUGUGGACAUGGCUUGUGAUGCCAAGGUGAAGUGUCUGCUUCAGGAUCUAGAUGGGACAUUCCUGAACUCCUCUGGAUUUAUCAUCCCACAGUCAGAAUAUGAAUGGGGUGGGAAUCCCAAAAUGGGAUUAGGGGACUACAGAAUCCCAAAGGAGAUGUUAGUGAGAUCCAAUGGAAGCAGAAUUCCUGUUAAUGAGAUAGCUCCUCACAAAGGUAUCAUCAGGUCAAACUGUCAGUAUCGGGCUGCCUGGCAGGCUUAUGAGUGUCAUGACCUCAACUACAAGAGUUUGGUCAUUGAGAGCAUGGAUGCAGACACAGAGACCAGGCGACUGUCCCCAGUGGCCAUCCUUGGAGGGGGAUAUUUGGACCUGAUUAAUGGCCCUCAGGACCAUGGUUGGUGUAGUGGCUACACAUGCAGAAAGAGAUUGUCUACCUUCCAAGCCAUUGUUGCUACAGAGAAAGAAUUUUUGCUGCAUUACACAAGUGUUUCUCCUCAAAAGUCUCGCUUCUUUUUGCUGGAUGCCAAGCCAAAUGACUGUAUCUCUCUGUCUAUCUGGUACUCCCAACCCUGGAGAUUGGAUGUCUACCACAAUGGAGAAUUUAUAAUGCCCCCCAAUGCUCGGUAUGCAGGGAUAGAUAAACGAUAUGUGGUUGAUCCACCCCCUAUUGGGCAGCCAGAUUUCUACAAACCAAAUGUUACAGGGUGUCAGCAGAAAUCAGGACUCAGUUAUUUUAAUAGGGAUUCAGGCAUCAUUACUCUGUUGAUCAAAGGUCCUGAUCCCGUUGAAAUCAUAACAGUGAAGACUGUGAUGGUGUCUUUCCAAAUUCCAGCAAUGCCAGCAGAUGAAUUUUAUGGAGACAGAAUUGUCAUGAAUUUGGCAAGCUUUUUAAAUAUUGAUGCCAGUCGUGUACGCAUCACUAAUAUUGUUAGAGAGACAUCAUCUUCAAGAGGUCGUAGAAAGAGGUCAACUGAUGUUGUAACCGGAGUAGAAAUUGAAAUCAGUAAUCCUCCUUCUCAGGAGGUAAAUUCCACUGCGGAUGCUGGAGAUCUGUCAUCUGGUGAGCUACAAAACAUCACCACGACCAUAGUGAACGAGGUGCAGCUAGGAACUACUUUACGUAGCCUGGUUAACAUCACCGGUGCUUCAAUUUCUGAGCCUCCUCCUGACCCUACUGACCCAAACUGGCAAAAAAUGGCGGAGGAGACAAAUGAAGAACGUUAUCAGGAACUGGUUCAGCCUAAUUUGAUGAGGCUAUACACCCCUGUUAUACCCAUACAUGAAGGAGCACCUUUCUCAAGUCAACCCAAACUGCAAGUCUAUGAUGCCAAUGGAAAUGUAGUCAACAAACUUGGUACCAAUGUAAACCCAUGGGAAAUCACUGCCACGUUGAGGAAUGGUACUGGUGAUCCUGCAGCCCAGUUGCUGGGUGAAAGGACUGCCAAAUACAACAAUGGAUGGGCUAACUUUACAGACCUUGCCAUCAGUCACAUGGGCUCAGGGUACAUUAUUGACUUUGUUGUUACUUAUCCAGUCGUCGCAAGCUUUUCAUUGUCUUCUUCCAAUAUAUCCGUGACACGACGGUCUAUUGUGGUGGAUAUUGUCAACAUAACCUCAGAUCCAUUAGAAAAUUCUUACAUGACUGUGGAUCUAGAGCUUCGUGAUAAAGUCACAUCUCAAGUCAUAAAACAGGUCAACUGGAGGAACCAUAAAUGGAUUGUAAAUAUAGAACUGGGUGGUCAGGAUUAUUACAGAGGACAACUCAGUGGUAACACCACUACAACGUUUGAUGAUAACAGUGGUAUGGCUACUCUCUCCAACUUCAGCUUCAAUGUGCAGGGUAUGGUGGUCAUGAAGAUCAUCGUUACCUCCGAACCUCCCGAGUAUACAUUGGAGUUAGAAACUUUAAUUCAUAUCCAGAAAUUACAACAAAUCUCAUUUUUCAAAAACAGCUCUCAGGAUAUACAGUUGAGAUUUGAAGCUAAUUACGAUACUGUUGUGGGAACGAGAUAUUUACUGCACUUUCAGGCUAUGAUGGGCAAUUUCCUGUCAGGCCUCUACCCAGACAUUGUACUGAAUUCUAUCAAGAUUCGCAAAGGUAGUAUCUUGGUCACCUUCCAGGUCUCAGGUACUUCUACCAUGUUGAAUACAACAGUUUCCUCUCUGUGUAGUGCAGUAGAGAACGGAACUAACUUUAACUUCCGAGGAACGUCCUUGACACUAGCGAAUUAUCUCUCGGUGGAUGGAGAGGACUACUAUGGAACAAAAUGUGCUGUUGUUGAGGAGGUGAAACCUCCAGGGAAAGAGAAAGAUGUCUUUACAAUGGGGAUAUACAUUGCCCUGGCUUUGGUGGGAACCGCAUUGGUAGUCAUGAUUAUAGCUGUUGUUUUCUGGAAGAUGAAGGUGGUCCCCAAAUCUCAGACACACUGUAUUACAUCCCCAGAAUAUUUUGGCAAGUCCGAGAGUGUGGAGAUCUUGAAGACUGAUAAAAUAGAUGAUUCUGUUCUCUGCUUUGAGAAUGAAAGUUAUGAGGAAGUUCCACCAGCAGAUACUUCAUUCAGUACAUUCACAAGAAACAGUGCUUCUUCUGACACAAAAUCUGAGAUUGAAAAAUAAAGCAUACCCAGUAUUGCGUGAAAACUGAUUUGGAGGACAACUGUGCAUGGAAUUUGAAUCCUGUAUAUUAAUGUAAACAUUAACAGCUAAGAUGUUCUGUCAGAUUAGAUAAACAAUGCCUUACAGAUUUUUAUUUUAUCUAUUUUCAAUUUAGUAAAACUUUAAGAUUUUUUUUUAACAUGAAAGUAUGUAUACACAAAGCACAGAAAUUACCUAUCACUUUUAAGAAAUCUUGACAUUUGCUUGAAAGAAAUGAGUUUCUUUGGU